AUGAUUUCAAUUUAUACAAAUACCUACAUAGAUGAAGGUUCAACAUUUUCAAAUAUUAAUGGAGUAUAUGGGGCAAUAGUUUCAUGUUACGGUUGUCUCAUAAAAAUGAAGAACACAAAAAUGAUGAAUAUAAAUGCAUUCAGUGGUGGUUUGAUAGCGUUGGUUGGAUUUUGUGACGUUCAAUUAAAUGGGAUUCAAGCAAAAGGAAUUUCUGUGCAAAUGAAGGUGGUUUAUUUUAUUUAUUCUAAACUACAACCAAUCUCUUUAUCUAAAAUGUAAAGAUAUAAAAUGUAACAUCAGCAAUUAAAGGAGGCUUAUUUAAUGUCAUAAAUGCAGAAUUAAUAAAGAUUGAGAAUUCGAUGA